AUGAGUGACGUCAAGAGGCUCACACAGGGGGCAAUGGCAGAAUUAUGAGCCUUACAAGAACUGUCACCAGAUCGGUCAUGGUAGAGCAUCAAGUAGUGCUCCUGUGUGAAGAUAACACAGUAAGGUUAUGCCCCUUUCUCCAGCAUCGUGGGGCCAGGGAUUCUGUCUAUUAUGCACGCUGGACAAGCUAAAGUUUUGCCAUCCGUUCAGCAUCACGCAGCGCACCGGCCUGGGCUCAUCUCCAGGCCACCUCUCCAGAUGGCAUGCCCUUCAUCUUGGGGGAUCGGUGCCCAGUCCAGACCCCUGCGCCCAGAGUUGGGGGACCAGACCUGCGUUCCAGAGGUUGGCUCGUCACCGAUGACUCCUCUCCGCCUAGGGAGGCGGCACAGAGCGCACUGGCCUCUCCUUCCCCCUCAUCUCUAUGGCGGAAGUGCGCGGUUCCAGCCGAAACACAACAACAUUCUCGGUGGUGGGAGUGAAUGGAUUCGUCCAAAUGAGGGGGAUACGUCUCACCAUCGAAUCAGAAGCUCCGAGAGCUAAUCAAGACAAAAAGUAGCAGGUUCUUACGGAGCAGCUCUCUUGCGCUCAGUCGCCAGCGUGGACGUCGAGGCGCACCUGCGGAGGGGGCACCUGCGCGUGAGGAGGAGCAAGGGCAUGGUCCGAGCCUGAGGCACCCGCGCUCAAGCCUGGUGGCCCCUGGCUGGGGUGAAGCUCCCCCGUGUUUAUUCUUGCCCCGCCCCCGGGUGUGGGCUCCUGGCUGCAGGAUGAACUGUCGCUCGGAGGUGCUGGAGGUGUCGGUGGAGGGGCGGCAGGUGGAGGAGGCCAUGCUGGCUGUGCUGCACACGGUGCUCCUGCAUCGUAGCACGGGCAAGUUCCACUACAAGAAGGAGGGCACCUACUCCAUUGGCACCGUGGGCACCCAGGACGUGGACUGUGACUUCAUCGACUUCACCUACGUGCGGGUCUCCUCUGAGGAGCUGGACCGUGCCCUGCGCAAAGUUGUCGGGGAAUUCAAGGAUGCGCUGCGCAACUCUGGGGGUGAUGGGCUGGGGCAGAUGUCCCUGGAGUUCUAUCAGAAGAAGAAGUCUCGCUGGCCUUUCUCGGACGAGUGCAUCCCCUGGGAAGUGUGGACGGUGAAGGUGCACGUGGUUGCCCUGGCCACAGAGCAGGAGCGGCAGAUCUGCCGGGAGAAGGUGGGCGAGAAGCUCUGCGAGAAGGUCAUCAACAUUGUGGAGGUGAUGAACCGGCACGAGUACCUGCCCAAGAUGCCCACGCAGUCGGAGGUGGACAAUGUGUUUGACACAGGCUUGCGGGAUGUGCAGCCCUACCUCUACAAGAUUUCCUUCCAGAUCACUGAUGCCCUGGGCACCUCGGUCACCACCACCAUGCGCAGGCUUAUCAAAGACACCCUUGCCCUCUAGGCCUUAAAUGGGGCCACGGGUUCUCCUGGAUGGCUUGUAGACCCUGGCUUCCGGGGAUCGUACUGUGGGGCCCUUGGGGCUCUGGAACCUGCUCCAGGUCCUUGAUGAGACUUGGAAUGGCCACCCCUGGCUUCCUUGUUUUGUGGCUGCCAGUCUUUGGUCAUCUCUUUAACUUUUGCUAAUGGUCAAGUCUGGCCUUCACUGUCUCUCUGCAUCCCUCUGGGGGUCCCCCUUCCUCCACUGUAUGGAAGAGCCAUCGCUAGGAUGGUGAAUAAAGUUGAGAAUGCAUUUGGGUUGA